GCUUCUAGGGCAAUGCAUACAGGGAAAAAUUCCAUUAAUCAAGUUGUGACAGAUGUGUUUAAACAAUGUAACCAGGAACUUUUUAUGUGCUUUAGUUUAAAUAAAAUAUAUAAACAUCUUCCGUAAUAAAAUGGCAAUCAACUAAAAUACGGGAUUAUCAAACAUCGGAAAAUGUCAUGCUAAUACUUCCUUGUCACUUAGUAUAAUAGUGACGGAAGAAGAUGGGUGAACAAGGCGAGCGAAUUCCCUAUGGCGGGACAAGUAUAAAGUAUUUACAGAUGAUGCAGAUAUCGAUGAUAUCCAGUCUUUUGAUAUCUCCUGUAUUGAUGAUACAUGUAAAAUGCAGUGGUUGCGCAUGUUACAACAAAAAAUGUGACAGAAAUGCCGGUGUUACAAAUGAUACCAGAACAUGCACGAUUGUGAACUCUCCGAUACCCACUUUAAACAUAAGUGAUUUCUCCUUGCCUUGCAUAGAAGGUUUAGAAAAUAUUACAUUCAUUAACAACAAUAUGAAGGCUAUUCAAGCAGGUUUCUUUUCAAAUUCUACUAACCUCACGUACCUUGAUUUAAGCCAGAACCCGGAUAUUGGAGGAACCAUUCAACAUACAUUAAAUAGCCUAAACAAUACAAAACUGGAAACAUUAUUUCUGAACAACAUUUCCAUGAAUGAUCAAAUACUUUCAGAGUAUUACGCGUUCUUACCCCGGACACUUAGAACUCUGUCACUGAGAGCGAACGAGCUGACGACAUUCCCGAUGACCUAUGUACAGAGACUACACAACCUAACUGAACUCGACCUUAGUCAUAACAUCCAUUUUAGACACCUCGAAGUUCAAGACGUAAACUUGACUCUGCCACUGAAGAAUCUGUCGUUGGCUUUUACAGGAUUUUUCUGGAAGAAAUUGUUUACAAAUAAUAGGAAUUCCUGUGUUUUGCCUGAACUUGCAUACCUCAACUUGUCGCAUACUUUCGUAAACGUUUCAACGAUAGCUGUUGCAAACAACUGUCUUCAAAAUUUGCAAUAUCUUAUUGUUAAGCACUGCAUAUUUGAAGAUGGUUUAUACAACAACAGCUUCAAAUAUUUGUCUAAUUUAAAAAAUUUAAGCUUAAGCGAAACAUUUAAUAUAUAUCAAGUACCUGUUAUGAGUAUGCCAUUGGAACAUUUGGAUAUGAACGAUCUUAAAUUUACUUUCAGUGAAAAUAAUAAUACCAUGUAUAUGUUCAGUAAUUUGAUGAGACUAAAACAUCUUGAAAUUCGAAAACUUAACCUCGGAGCCUGGAAACACAGUAGUUUAGAGAUCUUUUUAAAACCACUGAAAAACCUGACAUAUUUAGAUGCCAGUUGCAAUGGCCUGAAUUUUUUGCCAACGGUUAUUCAGACAUUUUCAAAGUUGGAAAAUUUAAUCUUAACAAAUAACACAAUUACUGAAUUGGGUAAUGCCAUAUCUAAAAGCAUGAUUCUCAAAAAUAUACACCUCCAAUAUAAUAGAAUAGAAAUUGUGGAUGUUCAUGGUUUGCCAAACACUGUUAAAACAUUGGAUCUUUCCGGAAAUCCGUUUCGGUGCACGUGUGGUCUAGUUCCAUACAUUAUUUGGGUCAAAGAACAAAAACUGUAUACUAGUAAACUAGUAGAGGAAUGGAGAAAAACAUACUUCUGUGCUCAUCCCUUAGAGAAAAGAAACAAGAGUCUAGUUCUUUUUCACCCAAAACCUACGGAUUGUCAACCGUUUAACAAGUACGUAAUCACUGCCAUGGUUUUGUGCUGUUUAAUGGUACUGAUAGUUUUUGUGACCAAUAUUGUUGAAUGUUACAAAGAAAGAAAGACUAACAAAAAGACGCAUCCAAAGUUCCGAUAUCGUCGAUUACAACGGACUGCUAGCUGAUUCCGCCCUUGCUACUUAACAAAAUGUUUGAUUAAAUGUAGAGAAAACUUAAAGCUCCAUAUUAAAUGGAUUAAAAACAAACAGA